AUGGCAUCAAUCGCCUUCCCCCAGCUAGCCAAGAAGGUCACGCUCAGCGACGGGACGACGUACGGCUACGUCCACGUCCUCGCGGGCCCGUCCAAACCGACAUUUCUGCUCAUACACGGAGCGCCGAGCUCGAGCUACGUGUGGCACCACCAGAUCGAGUCCCUGCAAAAGGCCGGCUUCGGCGUCGUGGCUCCGGACCUGCUCGGCUACGGCGACUCGGACCGCCCGGCCGAGGUCGAGCGGUACCAAAUCAGCGCGGGCGCGGCACAGAUCGCCGAGCUUGUUCGUACUGUCGUUGACGCCAACACAAAAGUCAUCGGCGUCGGCCACGACCUCGGCUCACCCAUCCUGUCGCAUGUGUAUGUCCGUAACAAGCACCUCUUCAGCGGCCUCGUCUUCAUCGCCGUCGGGUUUGUCAUCGUCGACGCCAAGAUGGACCCCGACUUCAUGAACACCGCCUCGCGCCAGCUGCUGGGCUACAGCACGUCGGGAUACCUGCGCGUGUUCGUGGCGCCCGGUACGGACGCCUUGGUCGAGAAACACGACGCCGCCUUCGACUCGCUGAUGUACUGUGCAGACCCGGCUGCCUGGAAGGAGCACCUCGGCGCCGAGGGCGGGCUGGAGAAGUUUCUCGACGAGGGCAAGCCGCUGCCCGUCGCCAGCUGGAUCUCGCCCGCCGAGCUGGCGAUGCAUAAUCUCAUCCUCAAAGGCAGCUAUACGGGUGUCUUUAACUGGUACCAGGCCGCGUACCUCGUCGACCCGCCCGCCGCGGACCGCGCGCUCACGGCUGAGGACAAGAAGGUUACAGUGCCGACGCUGCUGGUCGUCACUGGGAAGGACUAUGCGGUUAUUCCGGAGGCCCAGGUGCAGCUGACGCAGGCCGUGGCCGAGGAUUUGACCGUCGAGCGCCUCGAUGUCGGCCACUGGGCCAUGCUCGAGGUCAAGGAUAGGGUAGGGCAGCUGCUUGAGGAUUUUGCUACGACUCGGGGGUUGUAA